CUUUUUACGAGCCACCCAGUGGGCGUGGUUACCGCCGAAGCGGGCGAGCGGCAGAAAGCCACGCAUGCGCAGGAGAACCCAGAACGUUCCGUCGGAGCGCGCUGCCACGCUGAAGGCGCUACAAUAAGGGAAAAGACAAACAACCCAUCAUCUUACGAUCAUGUCUGACGGAGAAGGAUUCGUGGUCCGCAUCCGGGGACUGCCCUGGUCAUGCUCUGUCGAUGAAGUCCAGAGGUUUUUCUCAGAUUGUAAAAUUGCUAAUAAUGGCACGAGCAUCCACUUCACGUACACCCGCGAAGGCCGUCCCAGUGGCGAGGCCUUCGUGGAGCUGGAGUCAGACGAGGACCUGAAGAUCGCUGUGAAGAAAGACCGAGAAACGAUGGGCCACCGCUACGUCGAAGUGUUCAAGUCCAAUAGCGUGGAGAUGGACUGGGUCAUGAAACAUACUGGUCCGAACUGCCCGGAGACGGAGGGCGACGGGCUGGUCCGACUCCGUGGCCUGCCUUUCGGGUGCAGCAAGGAGGAGAUCGUACAGUUCUUCUCAGGGUUGGAAAUCGUGCCAAAUGGGAUAACAUUGCCGGUGGACUUCCAGGGGAGGAGUACGGGGGAGGCCUUCGUGCAGUUUGCUUCACAGGAUAUAGCUGAAAAGGCUCUAAAGAAACACAAGGAAAGAAUAGGGCACAGGUAUAUAGAGAUUUUCAAGAGCAGUCGUGCCGAGGUGCGGACGCAUUACGAGCCCCCCCGCAAAACCAUGGGCAUGCAGCGGCCCGGGCCGUAUGACCGCCCAGGGGGCGGCCGUGGAUACAACAGCAUGGUCCGCGGGGGCUCCUUCGAGAGGAUGCGGCGUGGGGGCUAUGGUGGAGGUCUGUCAGAUGGGCGCUAUAGUGACGGCAGCUCAUUCCAAAGCACGACGGGUCACUGUGUGCACAUGAGAGGGCUUCCCUACCGAGCCACGGAGACCGACAUCUACAGCUUCUUUUCGCCCCUGAACCCGGUCCGCGUUCACAUUGAGGUCGGCCCGGAUGGGCGCGUGACCGGUGAGGCGGACGUCGAGUUCGCGACCCACGAAGAUGCCGUGGCGGCCAUGUCCAAGGACAAGGCUAACAUGCAGCACCGCUACGUGGAGCUAUUCCUGAACUCGACAGCAGGGGGCAGCAACGGCGGUUACGGCAGCCAAAUGAUGGGCGCCCUCACUAACCAGUCUUCCUAUGGGCCCAGCAGCCAACAGAUGAACAGUGGCUACGCGGGGGGGUACAGCAGCCAGACCAACAUGGGCGGCUACAGCGAUUAUAGUAAUCAGAGCGGAAUGAACAGCAGUUACUACGGCAGCGGCAGUCGGGGCUCCAUGGGCUUGAAUGGCAUGGGGGCUGGGUGGGGCAUGUAAGGCAGUGGGGGUGACCCAGGUUGGGGGCUGGUGUUGGGGUGCAACCUGCACUGAAGAUAAAGGGCUCCAGAGCUGCUCAAUGUCUGUGAGGGGGGGGGUGUUUUCUUUUUUUCCUUUUUUUUAUGCUUUGCAUCAGUAAGUGGAUGGAAUUUCAGAAAUGGAAUGAAAUAAAAUUGUUUCAUUAAAGCUUUGCAUCAGUAAGUGGGUGGAGUUUCUGUAUAUACAGGGUUGACAUUUUUCUACGGUGUACGUGAAGAAGUUGGCGUAGUCUGACGAUGUAUACCCUUAUUUUACAGGACUUGUACAAUUCGUCCGUGUCUAAGGCAUAGGUUAGUCGAGUUGAGACCAGGCAUUUCUUGGUCUUUGACCUAGAUUUCUGUGUCCGCAGUAGAUAAACUUAGGUAGCAAGACUGACUUAAAUUUGUAAAUAUGGUCAACUUUUUGUUUUUGGGAUUAAAAUGUCCGGCCUUUUUUUUCUGUCUAUGUCAGCGACCUGGAUCUUGGUGUGAACGUGGAUUUUUAUAUUGUGAGAGAGCAUGUUGGAACUGCCUUUUUAAUACACUUUACAAUUUUGGAGACUGGCCACAUUGGGAUUUUGUCUGUGAUGCAGUACAAACUAAUCAUUGUGUUCCUUCUACUGUAAUGAAGCUUUAAUCCCUCCUAAAUGGUUUGGUUUGUGAUCUUGUUUUGCACACAGUAAAUAAAAUUGUUCUGUGUACACACAA